CAGAGGUCAGUGUGACGGCCAAAAUCCUCCAUCACUCUCAGUAUCUCAUGAGGAGUGAGAGGGAGAGCAGAGCUGUGAGGGGAGCCAGGUUUCUUUUUCACCUUCCACACUCACUCGAUGAUGCAACUGAGGACAAAGUGAGGGAGGCUGAAGCAGCCCAAGCCCUCAUUUAAACCCUCGCGCGAUGGCAUUCGUGCAGCGGAUGCGCUCCCCUUGCCUCUCCUUUGUCCAGACAUUUUUGUCUCUCCUCCUGAGCACCACGGCCCUCAUGUCCUCCUACUGGUGCGUGGGUAAGCAGAAGGUGCCCAAACCGCUGUGUUCGCCCACCAAGCAGACCAAUUGCAUCCCCGUUCCCGGCGUCUCCAACUCCUCCAGGAUUCAGUUCUUCUGGGAGACCGGCGACGACCGCUUUGUCUUCCCCAACUUUCACACCGGACUGUUCAUCAUCUGUGAGGAGAACAUCUACAUAGAUGAGUGGGAGGAAAAGUGUCGAGGCUUUUACACACUCCCCCCCGGAUCUGAAAAAGCAAUGCUUUGGCUGUCGCUGUCAAUGGAGCUCGUGAAUAUCGGUCUGCUGUUAAUCAGCUGCAUACUGCUGUCCGUGCAGCUGUGUAUCAGGGCCUGGUUUCCCUCUACGCAGCACUGGGGCCAGCUGCUCAAUGCUUUUGCAGCUGUCUUCACAGUCCUGGGAGGUCUGCUCGGGAUGGUUGGUCACAUGAUGUUCAUGCAGGUGUUUCAGACCACUGCCUCGAUGGGACCAGAAGACUUCAAGCCACAUAGUUACGGGUACUCCUGGGCAUUCUACGUGGCCUGGCUUGGCUUCACCAUCUGCAUGGCUGCAGGUGUCUCCACCCUGAACAACUAUACCAAAAAGGUCCUGAUGGUGGGUCCCAGGCGUGCCUCUGACCUCAACCCCUGCAGCUUUAACUUUAUGGGACUCCUGCCACCUGCUCCUUACUACACACCACCAAAUCCUGCCUCCAACCUCACCUGUCCCCUGUCUCCUCCUCGGAUCUCCCACUUGUCUCCCUACUAUGACCCCCCUUCGGAAACAUUGCCGCCCUCCGCCCCCACUCCAAGGCUCACGCACUCCCAUUCACUUCCUAUCUCGAUUUCUAACUCCUUCCCUCCUCCCCCCUCUCACCCUGCACCUGGAUCACCUUUUCACCGUCUGUCCCUGCCCUCACCAUCUCCCUCACCUACACCACCCGUCUCUUACCACACGACCCUCCCAAGACACCAGGAGAGUCAUUACGAGCAGGAAGAGGACUACAGCCCCCUCUGAGGACCUACACCUCUCUUAGAAAUGCUGUGUGCUGGGAAUAUUAAACUUUAUAGAACAUGGUCCCAAAUUCCCUCCAUUUCUCAGUUUGAGGUCCUGCACCCAUAGGUAGGUAACAAUCACAUUUACACAAUGUUAGAAAACACAAGUUCUGUACUGACAAAAUAUGUAAUAUUAACUUUUUCUGCUUGUUGUAAAUAAAUGCAAACACAGUUUUGCAUUCUCCUGUUUGUUGUGGAGGAAUUUUGGCCCACUUCUUUAUAACGUCUGUGAGCACAUGGGGAUAAUUUUGUGUUAAUACACAGAGGCAGUUAAAGAUAUACUUCGUUUUUCCUCUCUCUUUACUUCCUUCUAAA